CACUUUCGAAACAUCACUGCGUAAGAGGAAAUGAAUCGUUUACCACCAGUUGUGUUUCAGUCCGUAAGCAAUUGAACUGGAUUUUCCGUCAUAUUUUCGCAGGUUGCUUGUGGUUGUGAGUUUGUAAGUACAUAGCCUACGUAGACGUCUACUUGAGACUAUACGUGUCACAUGGUUAUCAUAUUUGUAACUACAGACGGAAUUGCAGACGGAACUAUUCAAAAUGAACCCUUUGGAUACACUUGACGACCGCCAACUUCAAGGAUUUUUCAGGCGCAGUAAGACAGAAAUGUCUCGCAUGGAUAAACCACAAUCAUUCUUAAAGCAACUGCGGGACCACGAGCUCAUUCCUGAGGAGAAAUAUAAGGAGAUGAUCCGUAUAAAGAGCAAGGAAGUAAUGCAGGACAACGUAUAUGAACUUCUGAACUGGAUCGAGACAGAGCGACCCUGUAACAUCAGGUUGUUCUGGAUCUGCGUCUUCAAGGAAUUCAUCAUGACCCAGUACCCCACUCUGAAGCGGCUACAAGACUCUCUUCGCUCUCUGCCGAACGGGGAAAAUGCGGAGAUCUGGACGUUGGAUAAGUACAGGCACCAGCUGCCUGUUACCUGUGGUGACAAGCAGGGGACGCUCGACCGCGACAAACUGGAAAAAGGGGAGCCGUGCAUCCGGAGCAACAACGAGUGGUACACACCCAUGGAGUUUGAGAAGCUGGGCGGCAAGGAGAGCUCAAAGAACUGGAAGCAGAGUAUCCAUUUCCAGGGCCUCCCGUUAAAAGCGCUAUUGGAGCACGGACUCCUGACAUGCCCGGGAUAUAAUAAGAGCAAGGCUAAGAAAUCAACGCUCCCCUGCAGCUCAAACACCGGCUCCUUCCCACUUCCUGAUGAGGAGAGCAGUGGCGAACAUGCAAGGGAAGGACUCUCGGAAGACAAGUCCAUGGGGAAAGAGAGAGGGGGGAGAGAUAAACUUCGGAGUUUCUGUGACCGGGACGAGCAGCAGGGACACUCUUCUUCUCAGGCUUCUCCAAGGAAGAGGAAGCCAACCUUCGGCUCUCUGCCGAAGGGGGAAAAUGUGGAGAUCUGGACGUUGGAUAAGUACAGGCACCAGCUGCCUGUUACCUGUGGUGACGAGCGGGGGACGCUCUACCGCGACAAACUGGCAAAAGGAGAGCCGUGCAUCCUGAGGAACAAUGUGUGGUACACACCCCGCGCGUUUCAGAAGCUUAGCGGCAAGGGCAGCCGUAGUAACUGGAAGAAGAGUAUCCGUUGCAACGACACCACGUUAAAAAAGCUAUUGAAGGACGGACACCUUACAUGCCCGGGAUAUAAUAAGAGCAAGGCUAAGAAAUCAACGCUCCCCUGCAGCUCAAACACCGUUUCAGCUAUCCCUGAAAGCGAAGAAGAGAUGGAGGAAGAGGAGGGGGAGGAGGAGGAGCUGCAGGCCAACCCGGAUGAGGAGGAGGUCAGCGUGGAGGAUGAAGUGGAACUGCAGGGGAAUGAUUGCUCUACGCAGCGCUCCGAUACAGACCAAGGAGCUAAUCUGGAGGAAGUGACAGACGAGAGGCCCAGGGUCGGCCAGAAUGAGUUCAGAGUGAUAUGUGGAGCUCUGAGUGGGAUGCUGCACAAGAGCCGCUUUGCCUCAGGGAGGUGUGGGAACAGUAUUCGGACGGAGGACCGUUGGAUGAGUCCAGUGGAGUUCGUGGAGCAGGGUUCAGCAAUGCCUAACGCCCUCUGGAGGAGGGACAUCCAAUGGGAAGGACAGCCGCUCAGCAGUCUCAUUGAGAGGAAGAUGUUGCACUUACACCCUGAGCAGUGUGACUGUCCACUGUGCCAUCCAGACCCCAAAGUCCUGGAGGAACAGAAGAACGAUGAUUAUUGCUUUGUGUGUGGGAGACUGGGUGACCUGGUGAUGUGUGACCACUGUCCACGCUCCUUCCACCAAAAGUGUCACCUGCCCCAGCUGGACCCCUCUAUAGUGGAGGACGACAGUAAAUGGAUGUGUACGUUCUGCAUCUGGAAUAUGAAUGAGUAUCUCCCUCGAAUGACGUACGAAGAGACCCUCAUGCAUCCUGUCUCCAAGCACAUGCUGCAGUGCCACUACCUGCUCCUGUCUCUCUACAAUGCAGACAAGGAUCACAUUUUUGCAAAAGACCCAUGCAUCCAUGUGAGGGGAUACAGCUCUCAAAUCGUGACUCCUAUGUGGCUGGACAAGAUCACAGAGCAGCUCCUAGACCAGCAGUACACCAUCGGAAUGUUAUUAACCGAUAUCCAACUCAUUUUCUCCAACUGUGAUAAAUUUAACCAGAAUACACCAGAGUUCCGAGACAUGGGAAUCAAACUGAAAGAGUUCUAUGAACAAGAGGAGGAAAAGGUUUUUCGCAGGCAGUAGCAGAGAAAUGCAACGUGCUGAUGGACCUUGGACAUGCUAGAAUUAAAUGCGUGGAUUCGUCACUGUGGUGCGUUUAGCAUGUUGAGGAUCAAGGCAGUUUAGAAAUAAGAAUGGGUACUUGUCUGUGUGAAAGGCACAACAUUCCUUACUUUAACAUUCAAUAACUUUUUUAUCAUAUUCUGGCCUUUGAUGUAUAAAAUGAGGGCUGUCAAAUGUUAUCAAAUGGAAUGACACAUUAUCAUUCAAACAAAAUGUACUUAAUAAAUAAAAACUAGACCAAGUGAUCUUGAGGGAGUUUUAUUGACUUACUCAUUGUAGGUUUAAUAUGAAACUUAUGGACGCAACAAAUUUGAGAAUUGUAAACGGGCAGUUACCAUACAAUUGUAAACCAACAGUUACUACACGUGUAGUUCAAUUCAAAUAAGUAGCGCCACAGAUCUGGGAAUUGUAAGCAAAAAUCAAAGCCAUAGUAUACAUAUAACUAA